AAGUUGCUUUCCUUCCUCAAGCCAGAACCUCUUGAAUUGCUCUGCAUCAGAAUGCUCAUUUUCCAUACCAUGGGUUUCAAAGUGUGUGUGUUUGGCUUUACUGGUGCUUGGUCCUGAUUUGCUCGGUCUACUUGAGGGCUUUCCGUCUUUGAUGACCGUUCGAGAUGCCCUUGGUUCGUUUGUUGCUGUCUCGGCCAUUCUAUUUGCCAGUCUUCCUCUGCCUCGUCUGAUGCUAGCGAGCUUCGUCGUUGACUUCUUGGCAAUUGUUUUUGGUGUAUUCUUAGCUGUCUUCCUGGAAGCAGGCAGAUUUGUUGGGCGCUUCGUUGGACUGACAGAUGCUGCUGGAGAGUAUGGCUUUAGAGAUGAUGGCUGGGGGUCUUCUAUGGUGACUUUUUCUUCGCCCUCGAUUUAUGCUCAGUUGUUCUUGUAGAAGGCGGCACACUUAUUCCACGUUUUGGUGGACUGAUUGAUGCUGGGGGGAGGGGGGAUUUGUGUUCUUCGGAGAAGCUGAUUGCGGGGUCUCUGUCGUUGACUCUUGUCCUUCACAAAGUUGACAG